AUGGGGUAUCUGUCCGAGCAGACGGGGGUCCCCAUUGGCAACAAGGAGGGAGUUGUCGAGGUGCAGCCUGGCCAGGUGGUGAUGGCGCACUUCAAGGCGAAGCGCUCCGACGGCAAGGUCAGCAAGAGCCGCAAGCCCCGGGAGGCCUUGGUUUUGUCGGUCGAUAAAGCUGUGGUGCGCGUGGAGUUCACGAGCAAUCGCCGCCGUCACGAAUUGGACCCCAGCUGGAUCGUGGAGCUGAAGACGGCGCCGGCGGCAGGGUUGUUGACUGCAGGAUCGUCCCCGAGCCGCUUGGGGCGCGCCAAGCUGGCGAUGACGAUCCUGCGGGUCGAGAAGGCCAUCUUGGACUUUUACACAGACACCUUCGAGAAGGUCUGGGGAUACAUCGAGGAGCUUCUCGGGAGCUAUAGCGAAAUGCUGAGGAGAAACGACGAAAAAGAGGCACUGAAGUUCCUGAAGAUGUACCUGGACCUGCUGGACGCUGAGAAACAGGAGGUCUCAAACACAGAGCACUUCUACCUGCCCCUCUCCGUUUCGGACAUGCCCGAGCUCCGCGGCGCGUUCGACGCGAGGGGCGCGGCGAGGAUGAAGGACUCAGGCCGCAUGUGGAACCUCCCGGAGGUGAAGGGCUUCGAAGAUGCCCCGGAGGAAGAGGUGGUCGACGGGAGGCAGCGGGGAACCACCGUGGAGAGCGGCGACACUUGA